UUUCCUUAGCUGUCUGCUAUUUUCUCAUACGUCAACAGCCAUUCAGCUUAGUGUGUUCACAGUGGAUAGCUUUCUGGCUGCAGGUCAAAGCUAACAGGCGACUUAGCUGGGGUUGCUAACAAGGCUACCAAGUGGAGCGAGCUAGCUCGCGCACUUGCUAAGUUAUUCAGGGGACGUGUUUACGUGGUUAGUUGGCUAGGUAGUCCAGAUUAGUUUUAGACUUCUUUGUAAUGUUCAGCGUGUUUUCUUAACAUUACCCGCACCGUGUUUUAUCACUGAGCAUGGAUAACAGCUGGACAAAGGCAUUGCGUUGAAACGAUGGCUACCUUUUGCUAACUUUGACUGAUUUGGGUUGAUAAAACUGCUUGGGAGUUUUAUCAGCUUGUGGACUACAAAGCACUGAACCAAGGCUGCCCUAACUGACAGUGUUGCAGGAGGUUAUGCUGAGAACUGAGUAGUAUAGGUGGGCCGAGCUGCGCUGUCCCGUCCCAUCUUGAGCUGCGCUGCACUGGAGCUGCUGCUGUGUGUGUGAGUGUGUGUGUGUGGUGGUGUGUGUGUGUGUGUGUGAUCCAGAGGAGAGGGGAGCCCCAUGCUGGUAACCGCCUGGCCCCACAGCGCUCUCCGCAUUCGCCACCUCCGAUGCCUGGCUGUCUGCACACGGCCUCUCACUAAGGAUCUACACAUUUCUCCAGCUGGUCAGUACUUCCUGCUGCAGCCGCCACCAUGUUCUGGAAGUUCGACCUGCACACCACGUCGCACAUGGAGCAGCUGCUGGAGCGUGAGGACGUGACGCUGCGCGAGCUGAUGGAGGAGGAGGACGUGCUGCAGGAGUGCAAGGCCCAAAACCGCCGUCUGCUGCUCUUCCUCUCCCAGGACCAGUGCAUGAACGAACUGGUGGAGCUCAUCACGCAGGAGCCCCCCGCAGACCUGGAGGAGAAAGUGCGAUUCAAGUUCCCCAACAUAGCAUGCGAGCUGCUGACGGCGGAUGUGAGCGUGCUGAAUGACAAACUGGGCGGCGACGAGGCGCUGAUGGAGAAGCUGUACCAGUUCCUGGAGCAAGAGCCGCCCCUCAACCCCCUGCUGGCCAGCUUCUUCAGCAAGACCAUUGGCAACCUCAUCGCACGCAAGACUGAACAGGUGAUCCCGUUCCUGAGGAAGAAGCACAACUUCAUCAGUCUGGUGUUGAACCACAUCGACGCCUCCGCCAUGAUGGACCUGCUGCUGCGCCUCAUCAGCUGCGUCGAGCCCGCCAUGCUGCGCCUCGAGGUCCUCAAUUGGCUUAACGAGGAGCGGUUGAUCCAGAGACUGACAGCUCUAAUACACACAGGGAGAGACGAGGAGAGACAGUCCAAUGCCUCCCAGACUCUGUGUGACAUCAUCCGUCUGAGCAGAGACCAGGCCAAUCAGUUGGCGGAGGCCAUGGAACCCGACCCGCUACUUGCUGUGCUGGAGUCACAGGAGAACGUGUGUGAGCUGUUGAAGACCAUGUUUGAGGGGGAGAGGACGGAGGCGUCUAUCGUCAACGGAACUCAAGUGCUACUUACAUUACUGGAGUCACGGAGGACAGGGCUUGAGGGCUUAAUGGAGCUGUAUUCUCAGGGAAGUGAGCGGUCCUACACUGUCAGUGGCAGUAUUCUGCGUGCUAUUGAGCCUCACCUUAAGGACUUCCAGCAACUUCUACUUGAUCCUCCCAAGAAAAGUGCAAUACUGACGACGGUGGGUUUGUUGGAGCAGCCCCUGGGCAACGCGCGCCUGCACGUGGCCCGUCUGGUAGCAGCCCUGCUCCAAACCAGCGACACCAGCCUCUGCCAAGAGCUGUGCAGGCUCAACAUCAUGGACAAGCUCCUGGAUCUCUUCUUCAAGUACACCUGGAACAACUUCUUGCACUUCCAAGUGGAGCUGUGCGUGGCGUCCAUCCUGAACCACUCGUCCGGCCCCUGCGAGCCGCUGGCUCUGGCCUCUGCCCUGCAGAAUCACCACGAGCUGACGUCCGCCACCCCGAACGCCCCCCCGGCCUCGCCCAGCGCCAACGCACCCCCCUCCUCCCCUGGCUCCCCCGCCGCCACCACCACCACUGCUGCUGCUGCUGCUGCCAACACGGACGCCCCCUCUUCUCCCACCCCUGCUGCAGCCACAGCGGCUACAGCUGACACCUCCCCACCGUCCCCUGGUGCUGGUGCAGCCACGGUGGACCCCCCCUCCUCCUCCUCCUCCCCCUCCAAGGCAGGCCCCCCAGGGGUAGAGUCCACGGGGCAGCAGAGUAGUGCGGCUACUGCCGCAGCAGAGGCCCCCGCACAGCCCUCCGUCCACGACAUUCUGGUUGCACAUCUUUUCCAGCAAUGUCGACUGGUGCAGAGGAUUCUGGAUGCCUGGGAGGAAAAUGACAAGAUUCAGGCGGAGGGCGGGUCGAGGCGUGGCAACAUGGGCCACCUGACGCGCAUCGCCAACACUGUGGUGCAGAACCUCGACAAGGGCCCCGUGCAGUCUCACAUCAGGAACCUCAUCAAAGAGCUGCCAGAGGACUGCAGGGGGCGCUGGGAGAGCUUUGUUGGAGAGACGCUGAGAGAGACCAACAGGAGAAACACAGUCGACCUGGUGAGCACUCACAACUUGCACUCCUCCAGUGAGGAUGAUGACAUGGAGAGUCCAUUUCCUAACGACCUGUCUAUCCAACAGGCUUUCUCAGACUAUCAGAUCCAGCAGAUGACUGCCAACUUUGUGGAUCAGUUCGGAUUCAACGACGAAGAGUUCCAUGAACACGACGAAAACAUUAAUGCUACAUUCGACCGUAUUGCUGAAAUAAACUUCAAUAUUGAUGCAGAGGAAAAUAGUGCCAAUGCCGCUGCAUUCGAGGCGUGCUGUAAGGAGCGGAUACAGCAGUUUGAUGACUGUGAGGAGGAAGAGGAGGAUAUUUGGGAGGACAAGGAGAUCAACUAUGCAACACAAGUCAAAUCUCGAUCCAGGUUUGGAGUGUGUCUGUCGUCGGAGGGGGCGUCUAAGGGGGGUGCUGUGAAGAACGGGGGCCGGGGGCGCCGCAGGUCGGCCUCUGAUGAAGACGAGGAGGAGGAGGGCAAUAAACAGGCCGCCGCCCACUCCCCCGCACCUAACGAUGCCUGUCCAGACACACAGAGUCCAGGCUGGACAGCGACGUUUGGCGAUGGUGACUCGGGGGGCAUGUGUGUGGGCUCCAGCCCCUGGGGCUCGCCCCCAUCAGAGCAGAGCACAGGCAACGCACAGGACACCGGCUGGGCCAACUUCACACAGUUCCAGCCCUUCAGCAGCUCAGAGAAGAGUGAGACGGGUGCCCAGGCCAAGCCCACCCCAGACAAAACCUCGGGCUCUGGCGUGUGGGAGGUGUGUGGCGGGGGCAGGAAGGCUCCUCUGGUGGCGUCAGACAGCAGCAGCUCUGGAGGCUCCGACAGUGAGGAGGAGGCAGACAACCAGGACAAGAGCGCCGCCAAGAGUGAGGUGCAGCUGCCCAUAGAGAAGCUGAGUGUGUCUGGCAGCCCCAAGAAAAAAGAAUCAGGAGCAGCAGCAGCAGCAGCAGCAGCAGCAGCAGCAGGGGCAACACAGCAGUCCCCCCCCAACGCCACCCAGCCCAACCCCUCACCCACCCCAGACAACAUCACUGUGACAGACAACAAAGCCGAGUGGCCCUCAUCUGGUGGAGGGUCGACCCCCAAUGGGCCAGUCUGAAUGGGGCAUCGUGGGUAGAGUGGUGAAGGAGGGGUUCAACACCCCUUACAACCCUGCACCACCUCUUACCCAGUAAAACAACCACCAUCCCUACUACCCCUCAACACCCCCAGUUACCCAGUUCAACCACCAACUACAACCGCCCGCCCACCGCACCCUGUCUGCUUCAGUCUGUCCUCCCUGUGGGAAAAGAGGGGAAAAUAAGAAACAAAACAACGUUAAAUAACCAACCAACCAAGAGGAGAGGAUCCUUGCUGCCACUGAGUGGUGGUGUUUUGCUGCCCCCCCCCCCCCCCCCCCUUCCCCCUUCAUGUGGCCACACCAGUGGGCCUGGACACUGCCAAUCCCCCCCACCCCUUCCCGGAACACAGGACGCUGGAGCCACGCCACCCCGCCCUUAGUGAACCCCCCCAUGCCACUCCUCCUCCUCCUCCUCCUCCUCCGCAUCGCAGCUAGGCCCCAUGGCAGGGCGGAGCAGGGGGCGUUUUUACCCUUUCUACGACAUAUGCACAGAUUCAAUGUAGCAUUGAGGAAGUGUUGCGUCUGGUCUGGUCUGGUCUGACACGCGCCGGCACACACACUUUCACAUCAUCAACACACUCAUUCUCGUCACCUCCGUUAAACCUCUUUUUACACGCUCAACUUACAAUAUCACGCCCCCUUCCGUUUCGUCAGUCAGACUUCCGUUCUUUACUUUCAGUCUAGAUCAUCGUUUCUCAGAUAAGCCUCUCUCUUCCUCUGUUAUUAGUCAUUUUCUCGCUCUCUCCCUCUCUCCCUCUCUCCCUCUUCCACCUGUGUCUUGCAUUCUUUCUCUCGCACAGUUGUUUCAGUUCGGCUGAUUCAAGGAAUUUAGUGGAAAUUGAGUGAACUUUUUCUUGGGGCUAGAAACUUGAAGCUCUUGAGCUGUAAAAAGUCACCCAGUUGCAUACCAAAAUGACCUGGAUGAAUGAGUUUGCAAGUCAUCCGGAAGUUUUUCUUGUUAGCAUUCAAUACCAUGCUGGUUCCGAAAGGACGGAACCUUUUGUUUCGCAGACCCGUCUGAAAUAAGGCGCGAGUGGAAAAACGUGAGUAGCAAACCUACAAAGUGUCGCCACCCACUUGCGAACUUUAUUGCUAAAUCGAGUUAAAGGUGCACUGUGUGCUGCUCAUUGAAACUGCUGCCUAUUUCCAAAUUUGAUCUUUUCAUGAAUAUUUAUUAAAUAAUAAACUAAUAUUUACUAGUAUGACCAAAGUUCAGUAAGUUUCGCAGCUAAAAAUGUCUACUACGGGAAAUUCAAAAUGGCAGACAUGGAGACAGAUCCACCUUUUAAUGUAUGGAAGGGGCAUUUUUUCCCAGUCAUAGUGAAUGAAUACCUAGAAGUUGAUGGUGGUCGUAACUAUUUGUGAAAAAGGUAACAUUUGUGAAUGAGCAGCAUGAAUUCUGGAAAUAAACUGCAAAAAGUGUAACACAAUGCAUCUUUAACUGCAGCUCAGUAUCCCUCUCCAUCACUAGCAUUAACUCAGUAAGGGCGAUAGGAUCCCCACCCCAUGUCCCACCCCCCCUACCCAACAACCGCCCAACCAAAACGCAGGCUCGCCCUGCCCCUGGCCAAUCACGCUCCCUCGUUUAGACCCACAAUCAGACGACGGCGCUUUAAAGAAGCACUUAUGCAACGCUCUUUCUUCGCUGUGUAUGUAAGCACAAGAAACAAAACCGAUUAAAAAAAUGGAAGUAUUAUUUUUUAAGAGAAACGAAAAAAUAAAAGAAAUAAGUUUGACCUCCGAGCCACACGGUGGCAUUGGAGAGCUUCGGGUGUCCAGAGGGAGAUGCAGCGGAGUGGUCACAUCUCCAGAUUUAAGAAUCAGAUUGAUGGUGAAUGUUCUCAAGUGCUUGUUUGGGAGUCAGGAGGUAGAUCCUGGGGCCAACUCUCGAGAUGGGUGUCUCUCUCGUUUUUUCUUUCUGUGUUUCUCUUUCUCUCUCUCUCUCUCUCUCUCUAGUUCUAUCAUGUUUCCUGCUCCCUUAUUCACCUUGAGAGUUAAGCUUCCAUCUUAUCAUGUGCAAUAAUGAACACGUCUUUUGCCAUUUUUUUUUUGUCGAGUUGAUUUGGUAAGUUGGCCUUCUUGGUGGCAACUACAAAAACAUAUUUUUGACAGUUCAGGUUUUUAAUUAUUAUUAUUAUUAUCGUCCUCUUUUUUUGAUGUUUUUGUCUCUGUUUAUUCCAUUCAGUUUUUAAAUCGCAUGUGACUCAUUGUACUCAAAACAUAUACAAGCAAUUUUUGAUCUAGCUAGUUAGCCAAGACCACCUGAUUGUAUUAACUUACAUUGGUCCAGUCGUGCCCCAUAGAAAAAAAUUGAUGAUAAAUGAACCAAAACAUUAUCUACCUAAAUAUUAUAAUUAUCUACCUAUACAAUGCCAACAUUUAGAAAUCAUCAUGACUUAAAGCAAUUUUUUGAAAACGUGUGUUUUCUGAAUAUCCAACGGAUAAAACGUAUUCAGCACUUGGGUCAUUUCGCAUUGAAAUGCAUUUGUGACGACGUUUGCCUUAAGUUUGACCCUCCUCCCUCCCCGUACUGUUCUUUGUUGAAUAGUACAGAGGCAACUUUCCAACCCCUCUUAACGUGAUGUGUCCCACCCACCCCUCCCCCCUCCAAGCGAUGAACCUUUCCCCCCUAAGAGAAUCGAAUCCCCUACUUCUGCUCCCACACAUGCGUACGUACAGUGCACAUCUUCGCCCUUCACACACUCAAACUUUCUCUGUCGUGAAAACAAGAGACAAAACCAAGAGAAAAAAAAACAACAAAAAAAACGACAAAAAGGAGAGUUGGGGAGGAUGUGUGUCAACCUCUAGUCGCCGUCUCAGACUGGUCCUGGGACGGCUCCUGUCGCUGUGCUCUCGUACUUGUGCCAUUAGGACAACGCUAAAACAUGGAACUUCCACUCAAAGAGAACAAAAUAACGAAAAACAAGAAAAAAAGAGGAAAAACUGAAAAAAAGCAAGCAAAAGGACUCUUAGCUGUAGAGUGACAACACGCUCAUGUCUCCACAUCUCUCACAGUUUUAAACAUUUUUCUUUUUGUUCGGUUGUUUAUUUUUCUUUUCUAUUUUCUCUCCUCUGCCCCAGAGGUUGGCCUGGGUGUUUUCCCUGUUCAACAGUCAUAUCUGAAGUAGCGCUAUAUGGUACCAAAUCUCUGGAUUACAUUUGUUUCCUUUUUUGUUUUGUUUCCUUCCUUGGAAGUUAUUUUAUUUUGCACUUUCAGGAGUGUAAGGUGGAGACUUGUUCGUCAGUGCUGUAAUGUAUGUGUGUGUGUGUGUGUGUGUGUGUAUGUGUGUGUGUGUCUGUCUGUGCGUGUGCGUGUGCGUGUGUGUGAGGGAGAGUGUUUCUGUGUGUGAGUGAGUGUUUGUUUUUGUUGGGUUGUUGCUGCCGCUGGUCUCCGAGCAUUCUGCUUACAACAGUAUAUAUCUCUAUAUAUAUAAAUAUAUAUCAGUGACAUUUUCAAAAGAAAAGGAAAAAAAAAACAGGUUUGUUUCCAAAGCCAAAAUUAUUGCCUUUUAUUUCUGUUGCUGUAUGUUUGAAAUCCUAUUUUUUGAAUUUAACCAAUAUUAUUAUUUUGCAUAUUGUAGAAAUCUAAUUUAUGUGAUUACUGUAUGAGCAACCAAAAUACUGCUUUCUCUCAUAAUGCCGCUCUUCAUUUGUCUUACUGAGGUGUGUGUGUGUGAGUGCGUGCGUGCGCGUGCGGCCAUAAUUAUAUCAGGGUCGGUGUUGAUGCCAUGUAAUGGGAGUCCAGUGGGUUAGUGCCAAAGGAAGUGUCCAAUCUGACAGGAACACACAGGAUUCAACAUAUCUACUCGUCACUCGUAGAGGGCAACCAGAUGGGUGUUCAUGAAUGAACACACGGUUCAAUCGCUUUCCCAGAGUACAGUCACUUGUGAAAUCCUUAAAAAUGCAUUGUGUUGACAUGUUUGUUAUGUGACCUGAGGAAGGCUGACGAGGAGACCAAAAUGUCAUCAUAACAGACGUCAGCUUACAACUUUGUGUUCUUUCCAUUAACCCAACGUCCGUCCUCCCGUGUGCUCGUGGCCUUGUGAUGACGUCUCAAGACGCCAUUAAUGACAGAAGUUUCAUUCAAUAUGAGUUUGAAUGGUAAAAGCUGGCUAAAAGUUGUUGUGGCUAGACUGACUGCGGGGAAACUUUGUUUUCUCCGUGCACGGAGGCUGGGCAUCAGCCAAGCGGGAGGCCAUAAGCACAGGUGGAGGACGAGAGUCAGGAUAAUGGGAUGUAGCUGUUGAGUGUGUGGCACAGCACAUCCCAUAGAGGUAGAACAUUAGACUAGAGGUGACCCCUACCCCCUUUUCAUGGCAGUCCGUGGCAGCCAUAUUGGGAGGUAGACCUGAGAAAUGGAAAGGAAUGGAGAAGGAGGCUCACCUCUUUCAAAGAAAGGCUUAAUAAUGUGAAAAUGUACAAGGACAAUACUUGAAGUGUGUUGCUAAAUCUCUCCGUAAUUAAUACAUAAUUUGAGUUUUAAAUUUAUUUUAUUUGAGUAGAUAUUUAGCCUGACAUUUCGGGUCUUUGAUUAAUUUGUUACUUCAUAUUCACAGUUUUAGUCCAUUUUUUGACAGAGGUGGGUGUGUUCUCCAUUGAUUUGCAUUGACUGACAAUACCUACACAAGGGAAGCUGCAUGUGCCGUUUCCCAGUGCUGUCGUGAAUUGCCGUGUCACCUCUAAUGUUCUACCUCUAUGGCACAUUCUCACUCACUGGGGUGAGACACAAUAGCCUGUAGACGGCAUCAAACAAACUAGUGUGAUAAUGUCAUGAAACUGAAUAUCAUCAUGGGUAUUUGCACUUGAGUUGUGUACAUCCUCAUUUCAGCUUUUAAGCCUGAUGCACACAAGUGAACUGGAUGAAAACUUUUGCCAACUGAGAAAAGAUUAUCGUUUGAAGUUGGUCCAAAAGUAACCAUAUUUUCAAUAAGGAUGACAAUCAUCUAUAUGGUAAUAUCUCUUAGGAGGUUCACAGCCUUGCAAACAUUCCUUUUUUCAUACUUGUCCAAAUGUAUUUCCAGGUAUUGAGAUAUCUAUACAUAUUGUUUCAGCUGCACACAUGCUCAUUAUACAUGAAAAUGUAUUGGAUAUUUGUCAUUAUCAAAAUUCAGUUUCACACAGAUACGGUAGGAAGCUAUUUCUGGAGAACUUAACUGGGCACCCCUUGAAUUUCAUCAGAGCGAGAGAGAUCAAUCAGUUUUUGUUCUGUAGAAAAGUUGAUAUUGUGUAUAUUUUUAAUGAACUGAUAUAAAAUGUUAUAUUUUAUUAGCUGUAUCCACCACUUCUAAUACAGGAAGACAUCUAGGAGUUCCCUUCAACAAUCUUCGUUUCUUGAGGGAAAAGUCAAAAGUUAUUGGGUCUGCAUCUGAUCAGUGAAAAUAAAUGGAUUAUUUUAAACUUAAAGGAACGAAACUGGGUGCACUUAUUCACCUCUGAGGUGUAAUCCACUAUGAAGACAGAUGGAAUAGGAUACUUUUUGGUCAUCCUCGUUUGAGGAAGUAGAUGUGCUUCCAGGUAUUUUUCUCCAGUUAAUUAAAAGAAUCAACUGACACCAAUUAACGGGUUGAUGCAUCUAUUAGUGGAAUCAAUAUGAUUUAAACAAGCAUGUGAUGAUAGUGCCCCAAUACAAUAUAAAGCCUCUAUACAUGGAUUUCCCGUUUGUAAACAAUCCCUGGCUGCGCAUUCUUCAACCUCUGAUGGUUGGAAACUGUCACUCAAAAGAUGUGCUCACGUCGUUGGGUACUGAGCAUCUUGCCCCUCCCCACAGCACGAAUGUUUGUAAACAGGAAACUUAUGUAGGCCUACUGUAUAGAGGUUGCCAAGAAAGACACUUGACAAAAUGGGACAGCAACACCUUUUGCCCUCACCGUGGCAAAUCAAAUUAUGGCGCCUGUCAGAUAGUAGCCUAGCUCCGCCAAACCUAGUUGUGUUAACAAGAAAACUACAGACCUAAAGGUAAAUUUGAUGAGGGCAAUGCUAUCACGUUGGCAAUCUCUAUAGCCUUAAACAUAAUUGUCACCAAAAUGAUAAUGACCAAGUCUUAAUUUGUUAACUACAUCAUAACAGCAUUGCUAUGACAAUGCAAGGAGUCUUACUGUAGGUGAGUGUUUUCAACAAAGAGGUUACGGUAGCAGGAAGUUCCACAUGCCCCCAGCUCCAGCACCUGCCCUCCAAAAUGUAUGUGCACGCCACUGCUCAGAACCAUACCAUAGGCUACCAACCAUACAGACGUUCAAGUAUUGACUGAAUACUUGAAGUUCACAUACAGCUUUACACAAAGUUCUCUUUGAUUUCUGGAACAUGGAAAAUAGCAUGGCAGUUUGCCUUGGGUGCCUGUUAAUAAGGAAUGAGGUCGUACAAAACCUAAGCCUAACCAACACAAGGCAGGUGUUCCAGACAACAGGUGUUAGUGAUAGUGUGGCCAACCUACUCAUGUAACACUCAGUAGGUAUACAUGCACUUGCUCCGAAAUUUGAAUGAUUGGCUUAGUCGCUAGAAGUAAGUUUGAGUUUUAAAAGUCAUGUUUACACCUUAUCGAGCAGAAAUCGAACCGAAUUUGAGGAAUCAGACUAUGCUUAUAAGAUAAUGCCAUUCUUAGUCAAUUCUUACACCUCAGUUGGUUUGCCACUAUUACCAAAUUACCAAAUAAAAAAGACUUUUUAAUCAUAGAAAGGGUAGAAUCAGUGAGGCGCCCCUUACAGAUGACCGUACACAGAGUUAACUUGCAUGGAAAUAUCCAUCCCCCAGGCUUGUAGCUCUGUCUCCACUGCAUUAUUCUAACCUGCAGCUGGUUGUAUUUGUUUCCCUUUUGUAAUAUUUUCAAAUGUUAAAUUGUCUUGACAUGCCUCUAUCAGGCAGGGCAAUGAAGAAGCAAUGAAGCAAUGGUAUACAAAUGAGAGUGUGAGGGAUGGUGAAACGUUUGGGAAAGCUGUUUGGGCAGCUGAGCUUUGAAAAGUUCCAGCCCAAAUGAAAUUGAUUAUAAAACAUCGACCUCAAACACAACUCUGUCUACAUUCACAUUCCAGGAAUACAAACACCCAUAUGGUUCAUUCUGGAGGACAAAGACACAUGGCGCUUUUGAGACAAGUACUCUACGAGGUUGUGUGUUGUGUGCAAAUCAUGAGAUGGGUACUGCCGUGCAGCAGUUUAAUGGCCUACCAUGAGCGUUUUUAUUAGACUCGAC